AUGCGGCUGCAAUGGAUUAUCUUGUUUUGUUGCUCAUGUUUUGGAAUUUUGAACACUCAGAUGCCACCACCAAUACCACCUCGUUCAUCAUCAUUGGCUAGAUUCGGUUCACGAGGUUAUGGAAGCCGUAUACCUUCUAUAACAAAGGAAACAAUAGAAAUGAGAGAAAAGAGUCUACAUCGUUCAGUGACAACUUCACCAAUUACGACGCAAAUGCCAAAAGUAAUAGAAGUGCCUAAAAUUUUUACAAAAACGGUGGAGCAAAAAGCAGCAUCAGAAGUUCCAGAGACAAAGGCGGCGAUGAUAAAAAUACCAGAAAUAGGAGCUGUUUCAGCGAAGAAAGCAGAUUACUUGGACGAUAAAUUGGAAGAGGCAUACAAAGAAUUCGAAGAUAGUUUGAAAUUGUUUGAACCAACGCCACGUGAACGCCUCACGCAUUUAAGAGAAGUUAAAUUGAACAAAUUCACAAACAUUGGAGCAUUGAGCGAAAAGGCAGAUUACGACGGACUUAGAAAUCAGUCCGAAUUAGUAAUUAUAGAAGACUUGAAAGAGAAAAUGUUACCGAACUCUAGCCAUUCAAAU